AUGGGCAGCGCAGGCCAGGGGCUGACUGCUCUGCCUCACAGCCGGAUCGCCCCGCAGGACGCCCUGCUGCUGACCAGCCUGGAGAAGACCCCCGCCGCACAAGACCCCGAUACUCGGAGCUGGAGCUCCCUGGACAGCCCCAGCCCCCCUGCCACGCCCGAGCAGACCCUGCCCACUUUCUACCUCCACUACUUCGAUAUGCUCUACUCAGAGGACACCAGCUGGGUGCCCAAGGGCCUGGGGGAGACUCCUCAGGGCAGUGGCCAAGGAGGCAGGGGCGAAGGGCAGAAGGAGCCGGAGCAGUGCCCCAUCAUCGACAGCCAGGGCUUGGGGCUGAGCCCCGACAUGGACUACCAGGAGAGCCUCCACUUGGAGGAGCACUCGCUGGAGCAGGUGCAGAGCAUGGUGGUGGGCGAAGUGCUAAAGGACAUCGAGACGGCUUGCAAGCUCCUCAACAUUGCAGCAGAUCCGGCGGACUGGAGUCCAGGAAACGUCCAGAAGUGGAUCCUAUGGACUGAGCACCAGUACCGACUGCCCCAGAUUGGGAAAUCUUUCCAGGACCUGUCUGGGAAGGAUCUGUGUGCCAUGUCAGAGGAGCAGUUCCGUCAGCGCUCCCUGGUGUGCGGGGACGUGCUGCACGCCCACCUGGACAUCUGGAAAUCAGCUGCCUGGAUGAAGGAGAAGGCUGCGCCCGGAGAAGUGCGGUACUGUGCGGGCGACGAGAGCUGGACGGAUAGCGAGGUGGACUCCUCCUGCUCAGGCCAGCCCAUCCACCUAUGGCAGUUCCUCAAAGAGCUUUUGCUGAAGCCUCAUCACUAUGGACGGUUCAUUCGCUGGCUCAAUAAGGAGAAAGGCAUAUUCAAGAUCGAGGACUCUGCCCAGGUGGCUCGUUUAUGGGGAAUCCGGAAGAACCGGCCCGCCAUGAACUAUGACAAGCUGAGCCGCUCCAUCCGGCAGUAUUACAAGAAAGGGAUCAUCCGGAAACCUGACAUCUCCCAGCGCCUGGUCUACCAGUUUGUCCACCCCGUCUGA